CAGCCUUUUCUUGUCAGGUAGAAAGAGAACUUGGCAGUGUUGCUUCGGGGUUUGCGUUUUUUUCCUCUUGGCCAGCCAACAACACCGGCAUCUCUCAAGUGGUCCCCAAGUUUGUCUAGGGGUGGAAGCUGAGACAACACAGAUAGGAAGGACCCCAGUCUUCCUUCGGGAAGUUCCCGUCUGGAGGAGUCAGAGGUAGAAAAGAAAGUCACUGUUAAAUCCUAAUCUUAGCAGUUACUUGACUACGGAGUGAGUAACCCGUUAACCAGGGGUCAGAGGGUGACCAGAGACCUCAGUCCGGAGCUCUGCCCUGAGUAAACCAAGACAGGUCGCAACCUCAGUAUGUACUCCAAAGCUUACAUCUUGCUGGAAAGAGAAUUCAGGGAGUUAAAACGUGACACAAGAACGGAUAUUACUGCUUAUCCUGUAAGUGAUGAUAUGAUGAAUUGGAAAGCUGAGAUUGAAGGUCUUCCCAAUUCAGUUUGUGAAGGACUUGUUUUCUACCUGACGUUAGAGUUUUCACAAGAGUACAACUCUGCUCCUCCAAGUGUGAAAUUUGCAACAAUUCCUUUCCAUCCAAAUGUAGACCCAUAUACCGGUAAACCCAGUAUAGACAUUUUGGACAAGCCUGGCAAGUGGAACACGAAUUAUACAGUACUCCGCAUCUUACUUGAUCUACAGAUGUUGCUUUCUUACCCUGUCCUAAAAAAUCCAGUGAACUUGGAGGCAGCCCAACUGCUGAUUAGAAAUGCGUCUACGUAUAAAAUGGUAAUUCGGGAACUCUUGCCGCCAGCAUUACCAAAAAGAGAAGGCAGCCUGGUGGUACCUGAAAAGCCACAGGAUCGCGUCAGGGUAAUUAAAACAAUCUCAUUUAAUGAUUACUACAAGACCUGGUCUCAGAUAGCCACGACAAAAGUCGCAGAACACUCCAGAAACCCAUUUGUUGGAGAUCCACAUUUCAUGGGACAGUAUUACAAAUGGAAGCAGCAGGAUCGGCAGAAUCAAGUGCAAUGGGAGUCGAAGUUUGCACUCUCAAAGUGGCAGACUGCUAGGAAAAAAAUAAUGGCUCAGGAAAAGAGCAAUCACUACAACCAAGUGAUAGGUACCUACCCAUCUCCAAGUGAACUUUCUUUUGAAUAUGAAAUAGAAGAAGAAGAACCAAGGCUUUAUCAAAUACCUCAGGAGUGGCCAGAAGAACAGGAUUCAAAAGAAUCCUGGGAAGAGGAAGCAGACCACCUGGUCUCCUGGACCAAUGGUCUUGAUGAAGAAUCUUUGAACUAUGAGUACUUUGACAACGUAAAGAACUAUGAGAACUUGGGCAACUAACACACAAGGACUUUACACACUGCCCUAUUACAGUGCAGUCUCAGGGAACAGUUGUAAGAGAUGCUCAGGACCUGGCUUCUGCUCUCUACCCCAGUUGAUCUCAUCUUUCUGGACGCACAAAAUAGAAAAUACAAGUAUAAGCCAAUGAACGUGUUGUUGCUCUGGGUUUUUCAAACUCUAUUACUGUUUGAAAGUGAUUAGUCAAAAUUAAGUGCUUACUUCAAUGUUAUGUCAAUG